GUUCACGAUAGGGCGCGGAAACUAGAAGAGCAACUAGACCAGAUGGGCUUGCCUUCCACCUUGGAGAGGAACCGCAGAAAGCAGUGGAACGACGGCAGGCUGAGCGUCGACUUUGCCGUGCUGGGCUCCGUGAAAGACAGCAAGCGAGAGUUCUAUGGGACUGCUCUCAAACGUUACAUUCUCAACUGCUACGUGAUUUUUCAUGCAAAUUUACCAGCAAGAUCGCCACGAUGACGAUUAAGCUGCUUCGCAUGACAAAUCUACGAAGGGCUCAACAGCACCUAAAUAUGCGCCAAAUCUGUAAUGCAAAAGGCGCAAUCUUCUACUUCCCCCUUUCAAUUUUGUCGCUCUUGCAUUGCAAAUUCAUGUAACAGUUGAGAAUGUAACAUUUGAGAACGCCAGAAGUUCGAGGAGUUGCGUGUGUUUUUUGGGCGCUGGUUCAACACCCGAGAACACACCUACGUGCACGUGAAGCACGUGACCUGGAAGGGAGAAGUAGGCGAGCCUGGGGCUUCAGAACAACGAGCCGGGCGGCAAGUUGGGAACAGCCCCAACUUUAUUGCCGGUGUGCUUUCUGUCGGGACACUGGCGGCUCUGCAGCAGACGUCGUUGUGGAAGGAAAACGAAACGAAGUACGACGCCCUGCACUACUUGUAUCUGAGUAAUUCUGUCGCGGCUUCGAAGCCCAGCGCUGCCACCGGAUCGGCCACUCAAGUCGCCGCCCCGGAGCUGCCGAGGGCUGGAAGCGGUGUUGACAUGGUACCCGGCUGA